GGCAUAAAAGAAAAAGCUAGUCUAGAUAAAGAAAAAAAAAUUCAACAAGAUUUCCCCUUUUUCCUUUCUGUGUUGUCAGUUCUUACUCUCUGUACCUCCACUAAUGACAUACACUAUACUACUAUUUUCUUGAUUCUUUGAUGUUAGCCUUUUAUUCUUCAACAAAUAUCUAAGUAUAACUUGUGAAGCAAUGUAAUUUAUUCAACAAAGGUAUAAAUUCCCAAGUUGGUUCCUAAGUUUGAAGGGUAUUUGCACUUUGGUCAAGGAAUCUUGGUGAAAAUGUAUUUUCUUGGUACUGUAUAAUGUUUUGUUUAUUUUACAACAACCCCUUUUAGUCUACUGGCAAAGAAAUGAACCCCAGAUAAAGUUUGGGUUUUUAUUUGGGUUUUUGAAGCUCUGGUUCUUGUUUUGCUUUUUUCUAAGUUCAGGAGUUUAGUGAAUUUUCUUGGUUGUGUAUAAUUUUGUGUAUUGUAAGAACCCCAGAUAAAGUUUGAGUUUUUAUUUGGGUUCUUGAAGCUUAUGGGUGGAUUUAGGAGUUUAGUGAGUUGUCUUGGUUUUGUAUAAUUUUGUGUAUUUCAAGAACCCCUGAUAAAGUUUGGGUUUUUGAAGUUUUGGUUGUAGUUUUCCUUUUUUCUGUUGUUAUGGGUGGAUUUUUGAGUUUAGUGAAUUAUUUUGGUUCUGUAUAAUUGAGUGUAUUGUAAGAAUCCCAGAAAAAGUUUGGGUUUUUAUUUGGGGUUUUGAAGCUUUGAUUGUAGUUUUGCUAUUUUCUUCCCCUAUUGUUGUGUAGCUUUGGGUGGAUUAAGGAGUUCAGUGAGUUUUCUUGGAAAUACUUGAAAAAAGUUAAAUGCUUUUUACUGAUGUAAUGGCUGCAGAGUCUAAUACAGGGUUUCACCAGCAAGCUUUAGGGGCAAUUGGUAGCUCAUCACCCCAGAUGAUGUUGAUGAGUGAUUACUAUAGUCAACUUGGAAUGAAUUUCGAUGUAAAUAAUAGCGGUGUAGGAGGAGGAGGGAUGUUGUUUUCGGGGAAUCCAACAAUGAUAAACAACAAUAACACUAGUAGCAAUAGCCAUUGUCCAAGAACUAGUCAGUAUGGAAGUUGUUCAGGUUCCUUUCUUAUAGAUACAGUGCCAGGGCUCAAGCAUGAUACAGGCCUCGCAGUUGAAUGGACAGUCGAGGAACAGUACAAACUCGAUGAAGGACUUAUCAAGUAUGCUAAUGAACCCCGUAUAAUGAAAUAUGUUAAGAUUGCAGCCAUGCUGCGCGAUAAAAAUGUACGUGAUGUUGCACUGAGAUGUAGGUGGAUCACGAGAAAGCGAAGGAAACAGGAAGACUAUAGUUUGGGGAAGAAAGUGAAAGAUAGGAAGGAUAAAUCAGCAGAAAUGGCCUCAAAGAGUAGUGCAUCUGCUUCACUUAUGAACUUGGCUCCAUAUUCUCUCUCCAUGAAUCAUCAUGGCCAUGGUGCUGCUAUGCCUUCAGGAGCAGCACUACUUGGAACAAGGCGUCUAUUGGAAGAAAAUAAUCAGGCCCUUAACAAAAUUUCAGCUAACCUCUCAACAUUCAAGUUGCAGGACAAUGUUGAUCUUUUUUUCCAGACAAAGAACAACUUAACUGCCGUUUUAAAUAACAUGAAAAAUAUGCCAGGGAUUAUGAGCCAAAUGCCACCACUUCCAGUUUUCUUAAAUGAGGAACUUGCUAGUAGUCUUUCGCCUAGUUCAUCUCAGCCCAUGAUGUUUGGCUGCAGAAGCGGAAUCCAGUUGAAACAGGAGCCAGCUUGUUGAUAGAGAAUGCUUGGUGCUCAGUUUGGAUUAUUGGCUAGUGUAAGUACACACAAUUUUAGUGUAAAUGCAUAAUAAGCUGGCAGUACUUACAAUGAUCAGGCCGAUGCGAAGAAUAUUUCUGACCCAUUUUCGGAAACUGAAUAUCUGAGCAUAAAGUACCAGGAAAUAACAGCCUUACCUCAUCUCUUAUCAGGCAAAAUCUGUACCAGAUAAUGCACUUAGAAGCUUAAGGUCACGUUUCACCUUUCCGCGUGUAAAUUCGAGUAACAAAUAUAACUUCUGAAUCAUCCUUUAGUUUUGUAAUGUUAUCCUUUUGCAGCUUCUUGCAUUGUUUAUCUAAUUUGCUGUAAAAAACGAAUUAUUGAGUAUUGGAUUGAAAUGAACUCAAAUAGAGCGGCAUGGAUAUAAAUUUGUGGAGCCACCCUUAUCCAAGGGGCGUCAACUCACACCACUGGAAGGUUACACUGUAUAGAUAAGCAACUUUUUUGUUGAUGUAUAUAUUGUAUGUUGAAUCCCAUUGGCUACUUCGUGUGUGUU